UAUAUACAAUUAAAAAAAAUUGGAUUCAGACUAAUGAGUCAUAUGCAGAUUCUCUAUCUAAGGAAAGUCCAUAGAGAGAGAAACUCCGCUAAAUCCCUGUUUUCCUUAUUUUCUCUCUCCUCCACUCUGUCCAUUCUUUAACGCGUUCACGCGUAUACUUGUCGCUUCCAAGGGAAUCACCACUAUAUAUAACAACCUUCUCCAUUUCUCAAAAACCAGGUGCAGGAAAUUUUCAAAUCUCCAUUUUCAAUAUCCUUUACCUGCAUCUGUUUUUCAAUUUUCAUAUAUCAUUUUCAUUUUCUCCCUGAAAAUCAUUCAAACAAAUCAAGAUAAUAUCUAUUGAAAUUGAAUACCAUUCAUCUGGGAAAGAAGAAAAUGCCGUCAUCGUUGGAGGAUGAACUCUUCCCAUCAACACCAGGAAAGUUCAAGAUCGAGAGAAAUCACGGCAUGAUGAACCGGCAAGUCUACCGUUGUUUCGCUUCCACCAGCACUAUGUUCUUGUGGGCCCUUUUUCUCAUCGCUCUAACUGCAUCUUAUCUAAGUUUCCAAAGCUUCGUCGAUUCCGGUAGCCGCUAUAUUUCCGCCUCUUGGGGCGGAAUCCAGUGGGAGAAACAAGUUCGAACCUCCGCUCAAAUCCACCGGCAAGGUGGCAUGUCGGUUCUCGUCACCGGCGCAGCAGGUUUCGUUGGGUCCCACGUCUCGCUCGCUUUAAAAAGAAGAGGAGACGGCGUCAUUGGACUGGAUAACUUCAACGACUAUUACGAUCCUUCACUUAAAAAAGCUCGUAAAGCUCUUUUAACAAGCCACGGCGUUUUCAUCGUGGAAGGUGAUAUAAACGACGCUAAGCUAUUAGCCAAGCUAUUCGAUGUUGUGGCUUUCACUCAUGUUAUGCAUCUCGCGGCUCAAGCUGGUGUUCGUUACGCAAUGGAGAAUCCUCACUCUUAUGUCCACAGCAAUAUAGCCGGACUCGUCACGCUUCUCGAAGCUUGUAAAACGGCUAACCCUCAGCCGUCUGUUGUUUGGGCUUCGUCAAGCUCGGUUUACGGUUUAAACGAGAAAUCUCCGUUCUCCGAAUCAGAUCGGACCGAUCAACCGGCGAGCCUAUACGCGGCGACGAAAAAGGCCGGCGAGGAAAUUACUCACACCUACAAUCACAUCUACGGUCUCUCCAUCACCGGAUUACGGUUCUUCACCGUUUACGGUCCUUGGGGAAGACCUGACAUGGCUUAUUUCUCGUUCACCCGGAACAUUCUCCAGGGAAAGCCUAUAACGGUUUACCGCGGCAAGAAUCACGUCGAUCUAGCUCGUGAUUUCACAUACAUUGAUGAUAUCGUGAAAGGUUGUAUCGGAUCGUUGGAUACUUCAGGGAAGAGCACUGGAUCCGGUGGUAAGAAACGAGGACCCGCACCUUACCGGAUUUUCAACCUUGGAAAUACUUCUCCGGUGACUGUUCCGACGUUGGUGAGUAUUUUAGAACGGCAUUUGAAGGUGAAGGCGAAGAGGAAUAUUUUGGAUAUGCCUGGAAACGGCGACGUUCCGUUUACACAUGCGAAUAUUAGUUCGGCGCGAAGAGAACUCGGAUAUAAACCCACAACCGAUUUACAAACCGGGUUGAAGAAAUUCGUGAAAUGGUAUCUUUCAUAUUACGGAUAUGGCAAACCUGUAAAUUAAUUUGUUUUUUUUAAAUCUUUUUAGUCGGUUAGAAUUUUUAAUUAAGGUGGAUGUAAAAAUACUAUACGGGAAGAAGAAAAGAAGAAUAGAAAGAAUCCCGGUGAAGAAGAAAAGGGAGAGAAAGGAAAAAACAAAGGAAAGAAGAAAGAAAGAAGAAAGAAUCCAAUUCUUUAUUCUUUACUUCAUAUGAGGUUACAGCGAAAUCAUAAUACAGCUGUUUUCCUUAGAUUAUUUCUUUUCUUUUUUUUGUUUAUGUUAAUUUAUUAUUUUACAUUUUUUUUCCCUCAUAUGUAAAGAAAGUUGAAGUUAAUUUUGUCUC